GCGACUUUCACUUACCUUCGUCAUAUUGCAACAAUAAAAAAACGUUAUUCUUCUUUAGAUAGGUGAUGUUUAAGAUAUUACAAUUGCAGGGGCUAUUUCAAUUAAUAUUUUACAAACUAGGAAAACCAUAAAAUGUUUGGUUGGCAGUGAUGAAUGUUUAUCUGGAUGGUUAAUCAGGUAGCCAGUAGAGAGUUCUAACCGGUCUGUAGCUUGUAAACAUAAACUACUGAUCCUGUAUGUAAAGGUCUGUGAACAUGCUGAGCUUUCUUACAGCCAGACAAACAGGUUUGGACGAUCCUGUGCGCUUGAGACGAGCAGAAUCAACAAGAAGGGUGCUGAGUCUGGAGUUAAAUCAUGAUAGAGAUGUGGAACGAAUUCAUGGGAAUGGAGUGAACUGUAUUGAUAUUGAAGUGAUUGAAGGGAGAUAUAUGUUAUCAGGAGGUUCAGAUGGUGUAAUUGUAAUCUACGAUCUAGAAAACAACAGCAAGAAGUCACAUUACACUUGUAAAGCAAUUUGCACUGUUGGCAGAUCAAAUCGUCACGUGCACAAGUUCAGCGUAGAGACGGUUCAGUGGUAUCCUUAUGACACUGGCAUGUUCUUAUCCAGCUCAUUUGACAAAAGCCUGAAGGUUUGGGACACGGAAACACUCAAGCCAGCUGAUGCGUUCCAGUUUGAUGGGAAUGUCUACUGCCACCACAUGUCCCCUGUUGCCAGGAAACAUAGUCUCAUAGCAGUUGGUACUAAAGACCCUAAAGUUCAGCUGUGCGAUCUGAAGUCUGGUUCUCGCAUCCACGUCCUGCAGGGUCACAGAGGAGAGAUUCUUUCAGUCCGAUGGUCCCCGCGCUACGAGCACAUCCUGGCCACUGCUAGCACUGAUGGCAGGGUGCGCAUGUGGGACGUACGCAGAGCCGCUGGAAGCCUCUUCACGUUAGACCAGUACAACGGCGACAAGUCUAAAGCCUCGUCUGAAGCAGUGAACACAGCCCAUAAUGGACGUGUGAACGGCUUGUGUUUCACCGAUGAUGGCCUCUACCUCCUGACCACGGGCACAGACGACCGCAUGCGCCUGUGGAACAGCGCCACAGGUCACAACACACUGGUAAACUAUGGGAAGGUGGUUAAUGAGAGUCGCAAAGGCGUGAAGUUCACUGUAUCAAGAGGUUGCAGCCCAGAGUUUGUGUUUGUUCCGUGUGGCAGCUCGGUUGCAGUGUACGGCCUUUACACAGGAAAGCUAGUGACAACAUUAAGGGGACAUUAUAAUAACGUAGACUGCUGUGAGUUUCAUCCGGACUAUCAGGAGCUCUACAGUGGGGGCAAGGAUUGUAACAUCUUGGCAUGGGUUCCUGUGCUGCGCCAACCUGAUGUUGAGGAUGAUGGGAAAAAGGGUGGAUCCCAAGCUGCCGUUAAUCCUGCUUUUGAAGACGCCUGGAGCAGUGAUGAAGAUUGAUUGUGCUAAUUAGAAAUUAAUAACAGUAAAAGUCAUAUAGCAUUGCAACAGGAAUGUGCCUCAGAGGACUCGCAACUUUAUUAGGUCGACACCUGCAGUUCAUGACCCGUCAGACAUCCCCACUCAAACACACUUUGGGUUUAACAUGCUUGUGUUUAACAUGCUUUGAUUAAACCUCCCCAUUCCAGCAAACAUGCUCGACCAAUGCCAUCCCCUCUGACAGAAACCUCGCUUAUCUAAUAUUUAUCAAUCCCGCCCACUCCUGUAGGAUGUCUAACCAAUCCUGCCUUCUCCCAUAAAAGGCCUGACAAAUCUCACUUGUUCCCACACAAAGUUAGAUUAAUCCCCUUUUACAUCUUCAUAUCUAAAAGCUAGAUCCAGCAAAUGUUUUGUUGGGAUUCAUGGAGUACCACUCUCGAACCAUGAAUUUAAUACUUGCUACUUAGGAUACAAGUCAAAGGUACAUAGAGAUCAGAUUUGUUAAUUUGAGCUGGAGCUAAACAACCUGCUUGGCAGGUCAGUUUGAGCAGCUCUGCUUCAUGAAUAUUCCAACUGUGGUUGUCAGCUACUGUGGUCAAAAAAGGUUUAUCUUCAUCCACCACAUUCAUUUGCAUGGUGUGGCCUGGUACAACAAACUACUGGGACUGUUCUGUAAGAGGCCUUUGACCUACAUGUGAACUUCAAGUUUCAUCAUGUAUAUUCAACUUGAAGUUUUUUAAUGUUUUAUAUUUAUUUUAUGUACAUAAUUUCCAUUUUAAUGCAGAUAUUUCUGGUUAUAGAAAAAUGAUGUCCAGUACUGUGCAAGUCUUAGGCACAUGCAAAUAAUGGUUGCAGAACAAGGAUGUCUUUUAAAAUACUAUAAAAAGCAUUAACAGUAAUUAAUGAAACAAAGUCAAUAAUUGGUGUGGCGAAACUUAAAAUAUACUUUCAGGUAUGAAUCAUGCAGUUUUAUUAAAAAAAAUAGCUGCUUAGCAUUACUGAACUUCCUGCAGAACCAGCCACAAUCCUUCUGGGGACUUUGUCCUAACUGUCUUUUUUUUUGUUUUGUUUUUUUUGUUACAUGCAUGCAAAACCCAGAAGCUUUCUUGAAAAGUUAAUAGUGGUCUUCUACACGAUCUGCUGCUUUCUUUUCUGGCUAACAGAUAUUUUCCUGUAAGAUUAAAAUGUUAUCCUUGAAUACUAAUAUAUGGAACUAAGAAAUGAUUUUUCUACGGACUUAAUAAUAAAAUCCUUAAAAAAAGGUAUAACAAGGUUUGUACAAAAAUUAACACAGGGUGUCUAAGACUUCUGCACAGUUCUGCAUGUGUAUUUUUCACAUACUCAGUGUUAACAUUUAUCAGACUGCCACUGUUCUAAGUGACAAGAUUAUGGUAAGUUACUUGGUGAUUUUUUUUUAUGUAUUUUUACAGUUGUAUACAAGUCUUAGACUUAUCGCAGAGAAAAAUAAAGUUAUGGAAAAAAAA